AUGAGCGCUCAGUGCUAUCUGCGGAGCUCGGACAUCUUGGCAAUGAUAGAGAAAUUCACCGCUGCUGCCGGCCAGGAGGACGUGAACGCCGUGGUGGUGGCGUGGAUCUACUCGCCCGAGCACCUGGAAAACGCUAUGGGUGACUACACCAUGUGUGGCUCUGUGUACGCGUUCAACGAGAAGGGCUCGUAG